AUUUAAUACUUUGAUCCUAUGACAGAGUUUGUUUCAUCCAUAAUGUAGUUGCUAGUUGCAAGUUCACAGGAAAACCUAGCAAUCCAGUUUCAGCUACCGUCGCCGCCGCCAUCAGCACAAAAACUAUGUUUUCAGCGGCGCGUAUCGUCCUACCGCUGUCAUUGUCAGUGCUGGCCAUAAUUUAUGAGUACUUCAGAACCAGACGGAUAUCGGAACAUCCUGAAGGCGUCGAUCCUGAAAUCCUUGAUUUGAUUCGGAAACUCAGCCCCGCCGAGCUCAAUAGUAUUAGGAAUCGCGACCCUGCCUUCCUCGAUUGGAUUCGGAACUUGGACUCUGCUGCUUUCCCUUCCGAAUUUUCUGGAAGCGUCGACGGUCCUCUAAACCCGCCGUCUGUUCCGUCUCCUGCCCCCGCCGUGCUUGAUGGUGGAAGUUCAGAAAAUAGAAGUGGGUCUAGCUUCACCUUGGCUGCCUCUUCCGCUGCUCAAAGUCAAGCAUCUGCAUCAAAACGCCUCCAGAUAAAGAAAAGUCCGGUAAAGCAAGAAUCUAUUUCUUUUUCUGCUGAAGCAGCCGCAGCUCAGGAGGCAUGUGAAAAGUGGCGACGAAGGGGAAACGAAGCAUACUCUAAUGGGGAUCUGUCUAAAGCUGAGGACUGCUACACACAAGGAGUGAAUUGCGUUUCUAGAAAUGAGACAUCUAGAAGCUGUCUUAGGGCAUUGAUGCUGUGCUAUAGCAACCGUGCAGCAACAUGUCUGACUGUUGGAAGAAUAAGAGAUGCACUUGGGGACUGUAUGAUGGCUGCUGCAAUUGAUCCCAACUUCCUGAAAGUGCAGGUUAGAGCUUCCAACUGUUAUCUUGCUCUUGGGGAAGUUGAAGAUGCUUCACACAAUUUUAGGAGGUGCCUGCAAUUGGCAAAUGAUGAAUAUGUGGACCGAAAGAUUGCAGUAGAAGCUUCUGAUGGCUUACGAAAAGCACAGAAAGUGUCUGAAUGCCUGAAUCUUUCUGCUGAACCUUUGCUAUGGAAAACAUCAACUAAUGCCGAGCGUGCUUUACAACUUAUUGAUGAAGCUUUGGUAAUAAGUUCUAGCUCAGAAAAAUUACUUGAAAUGAAAGCAGAGGCUCUUUUUGCGCAGGUGCGGAGGUAUGAAGAGGUGAUUGAGCUGUGUGAGCAGACCCUUAGUUCUGCGGAAAAGAACACCCUUCCAGCAGAUACCAAUGACCAGGUCCUUUCUGCAGAUAGUUCCGAACUCUCAAAGUACUUUUACUUCAGACUCUGGCGGUGCCGCAUGAUUUUUAAAUCCUAUUUUUAUCUUGGAAAACUCGAGGAGGGUCUUGCUACACUAGAUAAAUAUGAGGAAAUGAUGUCAACCUCAUAUAGGAAUUGGAGAAAAACUCUGCAAUCAUCAGAACCCCUUGUGCUCGUUGUACGUGAACUUCUGUCUCAUAAGGUUGCGGGGAAUGAAGCAUUUCAGGCUGGAAGACAUACUGAAGCUGUUGAGCAUUAUACUACUGCUUUGUGCUGCAAUGUUGAAUCACGUCCAUUUACAGCUUUUUGUUUUUGCAAUCGUGCUGGUGCAUACAACGCAUUGGGCCGGAUUACUGAUGCUAUUGCUGAUUGCAGUCUAGCUAUAGCUCUUGAUGGAAAUUAUCUAAAGGCUAUUUCUGGACGAGCCACAUUAUACAAGAUGAUAAGAGAUUAUGGAGAAGCCGCUAAAGAUCUUCGGAGACUGGUAUCUAUUCUCGCUAAGCAGGAAGAGGAAAAAACUAAUCUGUGUGGAGCAUCUGACAGAUCCAUUAGCGGCACAAAUGUCUUGAGACAAGCUCGUCGUCAACUUUCAAAAAUAGAAGAAAAAGACAGAAAGGACAUCCCCUUGGAUAUGUACCUUAUUCUGGGAGUUGAACCAUCUGUUUCGGCAUCAGAAAUCAAGAAGGCGUAUCGGAAAGCUGCACUUCGACAUCAUCCUGACAAGGCUGGUCAAUUCUUUUCAAGGAGCAAUAAUGGGUGUUGGAAGGAGAUAGCAGAAGACGUGCACAAGGAUGCUGACAGGCUUUUUAAAAUGAUUGGGGAGGCAUAUGCAGUACUUUCAGACCCAACCAAGCGUGCAAGGUAUGGCACCGAAGAGGAGAUGAGGAAUGCACAAAAGAAACGCAGUGGAAGCAGCACAUCUAGAAUGCCAGCAGAUGUUCAAAAGAAGUAGCAGUAGGCGACAAUGGGGAGAGGUUCCGAGAUCAUAUGGCAACUCAUCUUCUAGAGGGUCAGAAGCAGCACAGUCAAGUAGAUAUUCUUGAAGACAUGCCUGCUUAGAACCUUGACUCUUCAGAAGAGGUUUUGAAUGGAAUGAGGUUGGAAGAUGGAUUUAUUGCAUUGCUACAUGUGUAGCUUCACUUCAAGGAUCAACCGACGUGUGCAGUUGAUUCAGCUUGUAUGUCAAUGGUAGUGUGACCUCCCAAGUUUGAAGCAAUGCGGUUAAUGCAUCCUGAAUUUAAUUAGUUUGUAAAUAAGUUUUCUAACGAGCUUAACAAGGUUCAAAAGAGAGUUAUGAAUACUAAUACCAUUGGUAACAAUAACAUAAACAGUAACGAUGAAUUACAAACUGAAGCUCAGAUCAUUGAUGAA